AUGGCGGAUAAAGGAUUCUCAUGCGCGUCAACAACGUGCCCGGGAACUGAAGAGGGUUCGACUCGCCGCGUGGAGGAUGAAAGUUCGUAUUACGUGCCACAUCCACAGGUAGAAGGGCCGGGUUCCAGCGCGGUGGGUCGCGCCCACGACCUGUUGGUUCCGAAACACAUGGUUUGUGAGGGCAACCCGGCAGACGGCGAAGCCGCAGCCGACGAAGCCGCAGCCGACAAAGCAGCAGACGACAAAGCGGCCGCCGGCAAGGCAACAGACGGCAAGGCGGCCGCAGCCGGCGGUCGAGUGGCAUCAGGUCACAGCUCCACAGCCUCCGGCUGGCAGUUCAACAGCAAUCUGAGCACCAUGAGUUCGCUCAGGACUAAUUCGCUGAGGACCGACUCGCUGAGGACUGACUCGCUCCGGACAGACUCGGUGCAGAAGCCCGAGCCGCUCACGCGGGGCACAUACCUUGAAGGGUCAUUCGCUCAAGGCUCGCUCCUUACGGACCGCCAGUAUGUCCGUAGUCAGGUCGCUGAGAGUAACCAGUUCGGUAGUUCGUUUACCGCCGUCGGCGACUCGGCCGCUGCAGUGUCAGGCUCCGUGGCGCCUAGCGGAAGUCAGGGGGCAACGUACGUAGGUUGUGGAGCAACGGCGGUUGGCGCAGUUGUUACACACCCAGCAACCGAAAGCGGCGUUUUUGUGACCGCCCAGACCGCAGUUGCCCAGACCGCAGCAGUUGCACAAGCGGCAGUUGCCCAAAGCGCGGCAGUUGCCCACAGCGCGAUGCCGCAAGAGGAAGUAGGGGCAUGUUCCAGGGCCGUGUGUGGAAGCACGUGGGCGCAGUUUCCGGGUGUUCAGACAAGUAUGGCGGCGAGUUCAAGUGUGCAAACGAGCCCAGUUGUUUUGCCGGACAGUUUGACAUUUGUGUCGUCUGUAGAAACAGGGUACUCGGUAGUACCACCACCGCAGACGGUGGCUGGGACAGUGCCAGAGUGCGGACGUUGGACGGGUGAUGCUUAUGGGCAGACAGUGUCUCAGGAGAGACAGGUUCCAUUAGUUCAGGAAAGGAUAGUCUAUCGCCGCGUGAAGCAGGUUGUGGAACGGCCAGUGGAGAAGACAACGUUGGUGCCUAAGGUGAUUCGUAAAGAGGUUGUGGAGUUCCGACAGGUGGUGACCGACGAGGUUAUUGAGGUUCCCAAACCAUACUCAGUGGAGACGCAGGUCUUUAUCCCACGUUACGUGGACCAUCCGACAAGCUGCGCUCUUAGCCAGAAUUAUUUACCCGUGUAUAGCGUCGCUGAGGUACAAACCGCUGUCGAAUGCACACGCUACGAACCCGAAAUACGAAUAGUAGAUGUCAAAGUACCCAAAGUCGUAAACGGCGAACUACUCGUCAAAACCAGGGAUACAAAACUCAAACAUGUCCCACAUGACCGCGUCUCUAAAGCACAAUGGAAUUCUCUAGUGCUUAAAAUCAAUCCGGACUUAUGUAAGGUCGGAGACCUCAGACACCUACCAGUACACAGAGACAAAGACGGACAAGUCAUCGCAUUCAAGCCUGAAACUACCGUCGGUGCCUCCCUCUCAACGCUCUAA